GACAACUGCUACCAGAUGCAGCACGCUUGGGGAGCCCGGUCUGGGCCCCGCCCCUCGCCCCGCCCCCAAGCGGGGCUCGGCGGGCGCCAACCACGUGGGCUGGUUUGCACCAUCUCCAGGUCCCUGCAAGCCCGUAGCCGCCUCCCCGCUCUAACAGCACGCCUGCGCGAUGGGCGGCCCCUGGCGCGCUUGCGCACUUUGGAGAAAGCGGAGCUGGACCCGCCUCUAUACCUCUGCUUCCCUCCUCCGCUGUGCGUGAGAGGGACGUCGGGGGCGGUGCCGCAGCAGUUGCCCCUGGUAACGGGGAGGCAGCCCGAAGAGGAGGAGGAGGAGGAGGAGGAGGAGGAGGAGGAGGAGGGACUCGGCGGGAGGAUGGGCUUACUCUCAAUUCUGCGCAAAUUGAAAAGUGCACCAGACCAGGAGGUGAGAAUCCUUCUCCUGGGCUUGGAUAAUGCUGGCAAGACUACUCUUCUGAAGCAGCUUGCAUCUGAAGACAUCAGCCACAUCACACCUACACAGGGUUUUAACAUCAAAAGUGUACAGUCACAAGGUUUUAAACUGAAUGUGUGGGAUAUUGGUGGACAAAGGAAAAUUAGACCAUACUGGAGGAAUUAUUUUGAAAAUACCGAUAUUCUUAUAUAUGUAAUUGACAGUGCAGACAGAAAAAGAUUCGAAGAGACGGGUCAGGAACUAGCUGAAUUACUGGAGGAAGAAAAGCUGAGUUGUGUGCCAGUGCUCAUCUUUGCUAAUAAGCAGGAUUUGCUCACAGCAGCCCCUGCCUCUGAAAUUGCGGAAGGAUUGAACCUGCACACCAUCCGUGACCGAGUCUGGCAGAUCCAGUCUUGCUCAGCUCUCACAGGAGAGGGUGUUCAGGACGGCAUGAACUGGGUCUGCAAAAAUGUCAAUGCAAAGAAGAAAUAAAAUCUAGACGAAUGGAGAUGCAGGAGCUGCAGGAGCCGAAUUCUGCCCUGAAAAACACGAAUUUGCUGCUUUCUGACCAAAUAUUUUUCCAUCUGUGUACAACUACAGCUGUUUGAAGGGAAGGAACAGCACAGUUUAAAGAGAAUCCCCAUUCCAGCAGUAGGUUUAACUGAUCUCUGAGGUUCAGUAUCAUUUUUUCAAAUAAAGGAAUUAUAUUAUUUCCUCUGCAAAAUUGAAAUAGUAUUAAAUGUCUCAAAGCACAUGAUUAGAAAAUGAGAUCUUUUAAAUGGGCAAGAGAUUGCAUUGCAGUUUAGACAAUUCCAGUGUUUUUUUUGUUUUUUUCUUUCAAAGGAAGAAAGAGAGAAAAAGAGGAAACAGAGUUCAUUUGUUUAGUGACCUGUCCCUUACAUCCCCCCUGUGGCUUUGAAACCACAGACAUGCUUGCCGGUGCUGCUCGGUGAUUUUUACCAUCACCAAGUGAGUCCGGCUUCAGUACGUCCAGUGUGAAGCUGCAGGUGGGGGAGGGGAGGAAUAGCAGAUGAUUAAACCAUCUUGUCAUGCAGGUAGCAGACUGUGUAUGUAAUCCUCACCCUUUGGACUGGGGGAAAAAUCCUUUCUUGCAAACAAGUCACUACAGAACUAUACCCCGGCCCCAGGUCCCCCCUCCUCCACCCGCCGGCCCCCACUGGCUCACCACACAGGGAAGCAAAUUCUUAGGACUUUUGACUGUAAUGACAUCUGGAAUGUAAGGAGAGGUGGAAGGUUUAAUUCCAGAAAAAUUACAAGGUCCUUAAAAAGCCCUCUCACAUGGAGGGCUCAGGCUAGCGUAAACAGGCUUUCUCCAGUUCAGUGGAGCAGGGAGCAGCCGCCUCUGAGAUUAGCUGCCUUCUCUAGGCUGUCCUAUGGAAGGGAUUUCUAAAGCUCAAAGAAUUCUGCAUUUAAGUGAUCACAAUAGGCCGCCGCUAUCAGAUUUUAAAAAUAAAUGCAGCUUUACCAUGAACCUGCUCCUUUGAGAAAAGCCAGGCAGAUCGAUCUUUAGAAGAGAUCAAUUUUUACAGAGCCGGCAACUUUGUGGGGUGGAUUGAACCUGGGUGGAGAAGGCUUGCUGCUGGGAAGAAUGGGGUGUGUAUGAGGCCAGGGGUCAUGCCCAGGGAACCAGAGUCACCCCGGCUGCUGGCCCCCCUCUUCCUCUCUCCAGCAAAAUGUGUCCUCUGUUGGUAGAUUGGAGAGGAAUAGGCAGAGACUUCUCCUGCACGGUGUUGCAAAAAGAGCUUGUUUCCCUGAGCUUUAAGAAAUCCCCAGCUUCAAACAUGGGAAAGCAAGCCAGAGCAUCCCCCGGCUCCUGAAUUAAACUCUGUUCUGGUGCCUGAACGCAGGGGCUUUCAGAGAAUGAAUAAGAGACUGUCCAGUGCCUGGCAGGGCCCAGCAGGCCAGCUGCCUACUCAUCAUGGGAGGUAGCCCUUCCUAAGCCCACCAAGGCACGUGAGCAGACCACUUUGGUCUCUCCAGCCCCUGGCCCUCAGUGCCCAGCUUUUUCUGGACAAGAGUCCUUCAGGUGAGACUGAAGCAUAACCAGCUUCAAAGGUGGUCUGAGGUGAAAGUCAUUCACAAAGCCAGACAUGAAAAGGUGCCCUUGGGUUGCUGUGGACAGACCAGUAAGGACUUGCAAAACAAAGGAAGGUAAGGUUCUUAAAACUACUGAGCUAGUAGCUCCCUGUGUCCUCCACUAGCUUCGCUGGCUCACCAGGCGCCUCUCUAGCUUUGAACAAGGGCAAAACUGAAUUAUAGGGAACGAGAAACCUCCCUUCUACCUGACUGCAUAUGUGACUCUAGCACUUGAAAAUUGCUUUUCCCUUGAAAUAAUGCCCCAGGAAUGCUAUCUGAGGGGCAGAAUGCCUGCCUGGGGGUCUGCAGUUUGGGAACACUGCAAUGUGCAACUUUGACUCUGGCAGUGGCUAGUAUGUAAGAUGUCCUUUUACCACCAACUUAGGGAACUGUUUUAAGGAGCCCUUCCCAGGCCUCAACUAGUGGGCAGAAGCCACUUGCCCUCCUCUGCUAACAGCCUCUGAACAUGUUCAGAUUUGCUUUUCAGCUAAAGAGACACAAAGACAUUGUAGAUGUCACAGGCUUUCAUCUUCCCUUUGAGCCUUACUGAACCCCUCCUGGGGCUCAGGGAGUAGAUGAGAGAAACCUGAAAAAUGCAGAGUUUGAAAGCUCCCAUUUGUAAAAACAAAAUGCUUUUAAAGUCUUCUUUCCUUUCCCCAGUCCCACCCCCACCCCCUGUGGCCAAGACCAGAAGACGGAACUUGAAGCUAAAAAGGGGAUAACCCUUUCCCCAUCGUCCCUCCCACCGCCAAUAAGUCUCUGUAAGACUUUCGCUCUGUGCACGAUUGCAUCUGAAUGAGGGGGGAGGUUUGGGGGCCAGAGGGCAGGCCAGGCCUGGAACAGGGGCCUGUGAUGUUUUGCUCAAACCAGUUAUGGGAAAAAUGACUCCUUCCCCUCCCCAGCUCCCUGCCGGCUCCUCCCGACCCCGCGCAGCUCCUUUGGGUUGGAUUCCCUGUGCCCAGUGCAGUACAGCCUUUACCCUUCACUCUCCCUUGGUUACUAUGGAAACAAGGGUGUCAUUGAUGUGGGCUGAGCUGGGGAACAUGUCGGUGUACAGCUGAAAGUCAGCGAUUACGCCAGUGGCUAGAAGCGUUGUGCCAGGGUCAAAGGAGCCCGCAUCUCCCCCCACAGCUGGGAGGACACAACGCUGCCCCCUUCCUGCCUCCCUCAUCUCCACUGCUCUCCCUCCUGGCUUUCAACAAAUUUCUUAUUCCCCUUGGGCUAAAGUGGUGGCUAUUUUUGUGCCACUCUGUGCCCCACCCUCACUGUCGGCUGCUCCUUAUCCGGCCUGGCCUGGAGGGUGACACCAUGUCACCCUCGCCAGGACUCGACCCUCAAUUCCCCUCGGAGUUUGCUUUGAUUUCUCUUGCCUUCCCUUCUCAGGGACCAGUGCUUAGUUCCUUUUAUUUUUAGCUCUGCACUCCAUGGGGUUUCAGGGUUCAGUCUGAUCCAUCGAAAGGUUCCUUUUUUUUACAGUCUCUUUUGAAAAUGAUAAUCAAAGGAAGGGAUGUGGUGUUUGGUCAUGUGCAAAACUCAAUGUAUAAUUUAGAUGUCUGUCAAAAAUCCGAAAAAUAAAAUUCAGCUGAAUGAAGGCAGCUCGGAAGGUGCUGUGCUCUUUAUUGAAGCUGGGAGAGGGCCUUGGAUGUAUUUGUCCUUUCAGAGGUUAGCAUUCCUUAAGGUGCUGUUUCUUGUAGGAUAUGAGUCCCAACAACAACAAUAACCAAAAAAAAAAAAAAGACCCAAGGCCAUUGAG